UCCGUCGACGUCGCGUCAGCGCUUGACGUCAACAUAACAACAACCUGUCAUGACAGCUCGUAUAUGAAAAAAAAUAUCGAUUAACAUUUGAAUUUAUAUCAUAUUUAUACGUUUUCACCUGGAUGCAAGAUUUCUUUUUCAAGGUCCAGGAGGGACAGGGCAUUCUUGAACCUGUCAGCUAGCCAGCCGAAGAGACGGGGAACAGGAUAGGGAAGCAGGGCGAGGCGGGCCCCGCGGAGCCGGUGGAGAAGAUGGCCGGCAGCCCGGAGAAGAGUUCCACCGCGCAGGAGCUAAAGGAGCAGGGCAACCGACUGUUCUUGUGCCGCAAGUACCAGGAGGCUGCUACAUGCUACAGUAAAGCUAUUAAUCGUAAUCCAUCUGUGGCAGUGUACUACACAAACAGGGCUCUCUGCCAUGUGAAGCUGCAGCAGCAUGACAAGGCCCUGGCAGACUGUAAGCAUGCACUGGAGCUGGACAGCCAGUCAGUAAAGGCCCACUUCUUCUUGGGCCAGUGUCACCUAGAGCUGGAGAACUACGAUGAGGCAAUCGGCAACCUGCAGAAAGCUUACAACCUGGCAAAAGAACAGAGGCUGAACUUUGGAGACGACAUCCCCAGCGCCUUGCGCAUUGCAAAGAAAAAACGUUGGAAUAGCAUCGAAGAGAAGCGCAUCAAUCAGGAGAAUGAAUUACACGCUUAUCUGACCAAACUCAUCCUGGCUGAGAAGGAAAGAGAACAAGAAGAAUACAAAGAGAAACAGGAUGACAAUCAAAAUGGAGGAGAUGUGGCAAAGAUUGCCUCUAAACAUGACAAGUAUCUUAUGGACAUGAAUGAGCUCUUUUCUCAAGUGGAUGAGAAAAGAAAAAAGCGGGAGAUCCCUGAUUACCUGUGUGGGAAGAUCAGUUUCGAACUGAUGAGGGAGCCCUGCAUCACACCCAGUGGCAUCACCUAUGAUCGUAAGGACAUUGAAGAGCACCUACAGCGAGUGGGUCAUUUUGAUCCAGUCACCAGAAGUCCUCUGACCCAGGACCAGCUGAUCCCCAACCUGGCCAUGAAGGAAGUCAUUGAUGCCUUUAUCCAGGAGAACGGCUGGGUGGAGGACUACUGAAGGGACCCCUCCUUGCUUCCAUCUCUCCACCAUAACCCCCCAAAUACUCCACACAAAGCCUGGACAACACGAGACUCUGAGAACAGAUCACCCUCUUGCCUGGAUAUGAACUUUACACAAGCGGGAAAAGCCAGAUUAUGGACUACCAAAAUGGGAGCCAUGUUUCUCUGUCCGCCUCACCCCCCCUCCCCAUUUUAUCUUUGCUGUAAAACUUCCCGCUCCAAUCUUCUGAGGCUUGAUGUUUCAGGCCUGCUUGUCCCUUUAAAAACCCUUCAUUCUGCUCUUUCUCUACUCUCUCUAUCACUUCCUGUCAUUGUAUUUCUAGGCUUUCAAGCUUGACUCCUUUCUUUACUCAAUAAGGGGCCACGUUCUCAGGUCUCUCUUUCUCCCUCCCUCUCUUCCUGCUCUGUCUCUCUUUCUCUGAGUGCCACAAUUCUAUUAAAGCAUCAGCAUUGCACUCCAGUCUUUCACAGAAACCACCAAUAUUUAAAAAAAAAUGUCACAUGGUGGUUAAAUUUAUUAGAUAUUGGCCUUUAUUUGGCAUUUACUCCAGUAUUCCUUUUUUAAUUUCUUUUGUUUAGCAGUGGGAUUUUGUCCACUUCUUGAUGUACAUUUGCUGAAGUGGGACCUCAAAUGCCAAAAACCUGUUCUCACGAGGGUGACCAGUUUGUAUGCAAGUUUUACAUUAUGAUACAUGAAAAAUAGUCCUAGAGAAUUUAGUCCCUACUCCCCACAUGUCUCCAUACUGUAGGGUUUUAAGUAGAGUAUUAUGUUUCUUUGCAUAUCAAUCACAGCCCAUAACAGACAAUUUAAAUAAUCUGAAUGUAUGCAUAAUCUACCCUUUAGGUUUAGGUUUGAACUACGCUAAUUCAUUUUUUUUUAUCAGGACAAUGAACAAAGGUUUUCAGGAAAAGCGGCCUUGAACUGGAUACAAAAAAUGAAUGGAAGUAACUGCUGCUCAGAAAAAAAACAGAUUCACAUUGCUGGAUUUUAAUUGAAAGUGUUGAAAUGUUUGAAUUUUGAUGGCUGACAUCAGCUGCUGUGGUUGAUGUUUAAAUGGUCUGUGCUGUCUGUGUCGAUCAUAGAAUCAAAAAUGUGUUUGGACGUCGUGUUUGGCUCGUGCUGUUUGCCUGGAUUGACAUCGGAUCUCACAUCAAGCAUGAAGUGAAUUUUCUUUUUUCUAUCAAAGGCCAGAAGAUGUGAUUUAUCUCGCCUUCUUUGCUGUUAAUUUGACACACCUUCCCCUUAAAGUGUGACAUUCAGACGGAUAACGGUUGCAACAGCGUACAAAAAUCAGUCAUCCUCCUCUGUUAGAAAUGCUGGAAGAGUUCUGACCAUCGGUUCUCGUUCAUACCAAGCUUAUUCUCAGUUCAGUACUUUUAUUUUACCUGUUUUUCAGCUGAAUGUGUGUCUGUGGUGACCCAGGCCUGUUGGUGGUUUGUGUCGGCAUGCAGGCCGUGUAAAUAAGUUGCUUGUGUAUCUCAGAUUUUAUUUCUUGACAACAUAGGUUUCUUGUUUUUGUUGAGAAAUCCUAGAGCUUGACAAACUGUAUUAAAUGUAGAUAUGUUGAUAACAUGAAUGCCUGGUUCCAUUUUCAUUUGUCCCCAUUAAACCCUGAACUUUGAGUUUUGUUUGUUGUGUUUUUGACACAAGAUUAUCAUUAAAGAGAUACCAAGUAUGAA